AUGGCCUAGAUCUAUCAUGUGGAGAAUGGAUAUUACGAGCGCUCAGCUUUCGUAUCCAGCAAGAUCUAAUAUUCCGCUCUCUAAUGGCAGUUCUUUAAAAAUUUGAAGCAAAACGAUCACGAGGAGAAUAAUAAGUUUAAUCGCAACUUUGACUAGAAAAUGAAGAAGUCCCUGGACGAGGACUCAGGAGAGUCCAGUGACAAGGAUGGAGAGGAUAAAAUGCAAAGAGAUUUCAUGGAUAAAAUGCGCAUGACUGGGCAGAAGUUUAAUAUGGACGAGUUUAAGCAGUUUUUAAGGCAAGCUAAGCAUACGGAGAGGAAUAGUUCAGUCGUAAGGUCAAUUAAUAUAAAGGAUGAUAAAAACAGAGAUUAUUAAGAUGUCUCUUCAGGUAUUUUUCCAUCUUUAGUCCCACUGACUACUAAGAAUAGCUACAAUAAUUAUCAAGCCAUUAUGAGGAAUACCAGCGAUCAUGAUAAAAAAGCUUUUUUCCAACAGCAGGCGAAAUUGAAAAGCAUGGAGUUCAGGAAACUCAUUCAAGCCAAAUAUAACAGAGCACCAAAAAUGAUUGGAACUCAAUUCACGCUAAAUUCAGAUGAUUCUUUUGAUACCAAUUUACACAACUAAUCUAGGGAUUUCAUUGGGAAUAAUGAUCAUAUGAAGGCCAAGCUUUUAAGAUCAAAACUUGAUAAGAUUAAAUUUCAAAAUGGAUCAGAAGAUCCUGUCCUUAAAAAAUUUAAGCUUAGAGAUAUCGAAGCAUUUCAGCAGUAAAUUGAGGACAAGCUAAAAAUCAAGGAAACUCUUAAAAAGAUUAGGCAGUCCCGACCUAGUCUUAUUUCUAAAACUAUUAGUCUUAACAAUAGUGUUAAUUAAAACAAUAAUAGCGGCUCUCUUAAUAAUAAUAGCUUGACUAAUGAUGAUUAUCAGCAACAAAUUACAGGCUCGUUUAUCACAAAUCGAAUAAAGAUAAAUCAAUCGCCAUUAAACUAGAGCAACAAUAACAUUAAGAUCAAGAAAUUCACCAAAAAGAAAAACCGCAAUAAGGAUGAUGCUAAAUUGUAGUCAAACUCAGAUCUAAAUUCAAUACAAAUUAUUCUAGAUGAUUUUGCUUUUCAUCAGAGUAAGCAUGGAUAGGUUAGAAAAGUGAAGCAGCUUGAAUCCUUGAGUCUAAGAUAAUACCAGGAAUCACCCCUUGGAUUAAGUAAUAUAAAUGAGUCAAGUUCACCUAAGAAUAACUUAAAUAGAUCUAUGCAUCAGUCUAUAGACAAUACUCAGGAUUCUAGAUUGUAAAUGCCUUCAAUUUCCUCAUAUGAUAAUCAAUCAAAGAUGAGCGAGUACUUCUACAUACAUCAGUCCCACUAAAAUUUAUCAUUAUUGGGGAACAAUUAAAAUUCUGAGAAGCCUCCCUCCAUCCUCGACAACUAUGUCUUCAGGAUAUAACCCCUAGAAAAAUUGAGACAAAAAGAUUAUAACAUAUUUGAGGACGUGGCAAAUCAAACAGUGAUCCCUGUGAAAAUCGAUAUAACAGAGGAGGAAAUCUAAAGAGCACAGAAGUCUGAAUUCUUCAAGAGUUUUGCUAAGUCUCAUAAAUAAAAAGUAGACAACUCCUUAAGGAUAGUGGAGCAUAAUCUUGGCGAAAAUACAGCUGAAGUCACCAAAUAAUGUCAAGACUAUGUGAAAGGAAACAGCCCAAUCAAAAUGUCUAAAAUGAGGCAAAAAGUGGUUAUUAAUAAGCCUGCAUUGAAUCAAGACUUACCACCCUAUAGCCCCUCCUAGAAGGAUUUACUCAUCAAAAGAUGA